UCCCCCACUCCGCUCCCGGCCCUCCCCCCGCCACGCCCGCCUCCAGGCACUGAGGGACACGCUGAGGGCAAGUGCGCUGAGGGUGAGUGAGCGGCGGGAUCGGCUGACCUUUGGCCCCUCGGCCGGCGCCCUAGAUUAAGGUGCCAGACAGAACCUAUCAGUGUGAAUGCACCAUUCCAGGCAGUGAAAACAGGCUCAGCACAGAAUCAGCAGCAGCAGGAAACCUCGAGACUUCUUCCUAGCUCUGUCUUCCUCCCACCUCUGCUCCUAAUUCCCUUAUUCUCUGGGCCUCAGAUUGUUUUUCUUUUUCACGAGCUCCCCUCGCCGCCCCGCGCCGCCCCGCCUCCCAGGCUCGGGCUCUGGUUCCAACACCUCAGCGCCAAGCAGUGGAGGCGGGGAGGACUCCCGCAGCUUGCCGCCCGGGGCCUCCGACUCGUCCUGAAUCGGCCCGCCCUGAGGGGCGUGAGGAGGGGAGGGGCUGCGGACUUAGGACUCUAGCCGGGAGACCGCCUCCUGCCCAGAGCUGGAGCCCGCAACCCGCUCAGGCGGCGACGGAGCCAUGUCGGCGCUGCUGGGGCUCUGGCCCGAGCUUCGGGACACCUGCACCUCGCUGGGACUGAUGCUAUCGGUCGUGCUGCUCGUGGGGCUGGCCCGCGUGGUCGCCCAGCAGCAGCUGCACAGGCCAGUGGCCCACGCCUUCGUGCUGGAGUUUCUAGCUACCUUCCAGCUCUGCUGCUGCACCCACGAGCUGCAACUACUGAGCGAGCAGCACCCUGCGCACCCAACCUGGACGCUGACGCUCGUCUACUUCUUCUCGCUGGUGCAUGGCUUGACUCUGGUGGGCACGUUCAGCAACCCGUGCGGCGUGAUGAUGCAGAUGAUGCUGGGGGGCUUGUCCCCCGAGACGGGUGCGGUGAGGCUGUUGGCUCAGCUGGUUAGUGCCCUGUGUAGCAGGUACUGCACAGGCGCCCUCUGGAGCUUGGGUCUGACCCAUUAUCACGUCAGCGAGAGGAGCUUCGCUUGCAAGAAUCCCAUCCAAGUCGACUUGUCCAAAGCGGUCAUCACAGAGGCCGUCUGCUCCUUUCUCUUCCACAGCGCUCUGCUGCACUUCCAGGAGGUCCGCGCCAAGCUUCGUAUCCACCUGCUGGCUGCGCUCAUCACCUUUUUGGUCUAUGCAGGAGGAAGUCUAACAGGAGCUGUAUUUAAUCCAGCUUUGGCACUUUCGCUACAUUUCAUGUGUUUUGAUGAAGCAUUCCCUCAGUUUUUUAUUGUAUACUGGCUGGCUCCUUUUUUAGAUGGAGUUUCUCUCUUGUUCAGGCUGGAGUUUAAUGGUGUGAUCUCAGCUCACCACAACCUCCGCCUCCCAGGUUCAAGCGAUUCUCCUGCCUCAGCCUCCUGAGUAGAUGGGAUUAUAGGUAUGCACCACCACACCUAGCUAAUUUUGUAUUUUUAGCAGAGACAAGAGUUUCUCAAUGUUGGUCAGACUGGUCUCGAACUCCUGAACUCAGGUGAUCCACCCACCUUGGCCUGCCAAAGUACUGGGAUUACAGGCAUGAGCCACCACACCCAGCCCCUUAUGCAUUACUUAUAUAAAGUUAUCAGCAUUUCUUGAUUUUGUUUAGUCAUCUGUUUUAAGCCUGAUUAUAACUCAUAACUGUAAGUGAAUAUGAAGAUGCUUGGCCCUCCACUAAUUCACUCUUCUGUUUAUCCAACAGCAUAUUGUUUCUUGUUAGUCAUUUUGUUUAAACACACACACACACACAAGGGAAAAGUGCUACAACAGGUUUCAAUAGUCAAUCACACUUUAUUCUUCCUGUUCACCUUCCAUUCCUCUAUCUCACAUUUAGUGUUUUUUAUGCGCAGUAAUAUCUAUAGGCCUAAACAUGAAGAAUAUCCAAGAAAAACUGAUUUUAAAUGCUAGUAAUGCAGGCCAGGUGUGGUGGCUCAUGCCUGUAAUCCCAGCACUAUGGGAGGCCGAGGCAGGUGGAUCACCUGCAGUCGGGAGUUCAAGACAAGCCUGACCAACAUGGAGAAACCCCGCCUCUACUAAAAAUACAAAAAAUUAGCUGGGCAUGGUGGCACAUGCCUGCAUUCUCAGCUACUCGGGAGGCUGAGGCAGGAGAAUCACUUGAGCCCCAAGAGUUGGGAGGCUGCAGUGAGCUGAAAUCUCGCCAUUGCACACUAGCCUGGGUAACAGGAGCAAAACUCCAUCUCAAAAAAAAAAUGCUAGUAAUGGCCAGGCACUGUGGCUCACACCUGUAAUCCCAACACUUUUAAAGCCUGAGGUGGGCAGAUCAUGAAGUCAAGAGAUCCAGACCAUGACCAUCCUGGCCAACAUGGUGAAACCCUGUCUUUACUAAAAAUACAAAAAUUAGCUGGGCAUGGUGGCGUGCGCCUGUGGUCCCAGCUACCUGAGAGGCAGAGGCAGCAGAAUCACUUGAACCCAGGAGGCAGACGUUGUAAUGAACCAAGAUUGUGCCACUGUACUCCAGCCUGGAGACAAAGCGAAACUCUAAAAAAAAAAAAUACUAGUAAUAUAGCCUUUUGUCACUUCUACAGAGUGCUAGUAUUUUCCGAUAACUUCUUUAAAGAAAAAUUUCCUCUGUUUUUAAUUUUGAAGUUAAAAAGGUCACUAAUGUAAAGAAGUUAACAAAGAUCACUAAUUGGGCAGGCCUACUGGUAGUUUUUAUCUGAAAAAAUUAUCCUAGUAUGUCUGGACACUAACAUAUAUUAAUAUGAUUUGUUACUGUGCUCCAACUACAAUUGUAACAGUAGGCUAAGGCAGAGGUCCCCAACCCCCAGGCUGCAGACCAGUACACUCCGUGGCCUGUUAGAAACCAGGCUGCACAGCAGGUGAGCCAAAGUCAAGCCUACAAGCUCCAUCUCCUGUCAGAUCAGCAGAGACUGUAGAUUCUCACAGGAGCGUGAACUUUAUUGUGAACUGAACAUGUGAACAAUCUAGGUUACACACUCUUUAUGAGAAUCUAAUGCCUGAUGAUCCGAGAUAGAACAGUUUCAUCCCAAAACUAUGCCCCUAGUCCAUGGAAAAACUGUCUUCCAGGAAACCAGUCCCUGGUGCCAAAAAGGUUGCGGAUUGCAAUGUUAAGGAAUUAUUUCAUCCAUUACUUGAAAGAACAUUAAAAAGUAGUUAGGCAGGCUGGAUGUGGUGGCUCAUGCCUGUAAUCCCAGCACUUUGGGAGGCCAAGGUGAGUGGAUCAUCUGAAGUCAGGAGUUCGAGACUAGCCUGGGCAAUGGAAAUACAAAAAUUAGCCAGCUGUGAUGGUAUGUGCCUGUAAUCCCAGCUACUCAGGAGGCUGAGGCAGAAGAAUCACUUGAACUCAGGAGGCAGAGUUUGCAGUGAGCUGAAAUCGCACCAUUACACUUUAGUCUGGGCGAUACAGUGAGACUCCAUCUCCAAAAAAAAGGACACAAGCACAGUGGCACAUGCCUAUAGUCCCAGUUACUUGGGAGGCUGAGAUAGGAGAAUUACUUGAGCCCAGGAGUUCAAGGCCAUCUUGGGUAACAUAGCAAAACCACAUGUCUAAAAAAUAAAUUUUAAGCUGAGCUGAGUGCGGCGGCUUACGCCUGUAAUCUCAGCACUUUGAGAGGCCAAGGUGGGUGGAUCACCUGAGGUUUGGAGUUCGAGACCAGCUUGACCAACAAAGAGAAACCUCGUCUCUACUAAAAAUACAAAAUCAGCCAGGCUUCAUGGCACAUGCCUAUAAUCCCAGUUACUUGGAAGGCUGAGGCAGGAGAAUCACUUGAACCCAGGAGGCAGAGGUUGCGGUGAGCAGAGAUCAUGCCAUUGCACUCCAGCCUGGGCAACGAGCAAAACUCUGUCUCAAAAAAAAAAAAAAGAAAAAAGAAAAAAAGAAAGAGCAAUCCCAAGACAUCCAUCUUCUUUCCUUCUUGACCAAGCAGGAAGCAAUCUAUUCUUGGGAGUCAUAGUCCAUAUUCUUUCUUGUUUCUCAUCACAGCAGAGAUGAGAGGAAUUAUAAUUCCUCUAAUGGCCCCUGCCAUCUUCCCAAUUUAAAAAUUUAGAAACGUGACUAUAAGGAUGUAUAUGUAGCCUGGCAUGGUAGUGCACGCAUAUAGUCCCAGCUACUUUGCAGUCUGAGGUAGGAGAAUCACCUUAGCCGGGAAGUCAAGGCUGCAGUGAGCUGAGAUCGCACCACUGCACUCCAGCCUGAGUGAUGCGAGUAUGACCCUGUCUCAAAAAAAAAGUAUAUAGAAUUCUCCAGUUCAUACUGUGAAAACUGGAAAAUUCCAUUUGCUUCCAUGAAACUGCAAUUCCAUUUUUGGAAAAAGUUUUAAAUGUAGCGUCUUAUUUUCUAGUUCGGACUUUAUAAAAAAUGAGAAAAUUUGUGGGUCAGUUAACACAGAGGUUGUUUCUGAUUUUUUUUUUCUCACUUAAAGCCUUCGGUUGCAAACAGACUCAUAUUUCAAAAAUAUGUUAAAGUAUCUAACUGCUUGCCAAAUCUUAAGGUUUUUGUUAUUACAAAUAGGAGAACAUAAUUUCAAAUCUGUGUGUGACAAAACUUGUUUGUAAUGUGAAUUUAAACUGACCUAGGACUUUAAACCUAAAUACAUUCAUAUUAAGAUGAAAAAUUUACCACUGCAAAUUUACCUUUUAGGAUAGUGACUUGACCUCUUGGCUCACUCUCCUCAGUCCCUAUUUCACAUUGAAAAAUUAACCAACAACUACAUGACAGAUUUCUCUGUUGUAAUCUCAGAAAUGAAGAUUACUAAUAUGUGAAUUUUCAAAACAUUUUGGGCUGGGUGCAGUGACUCACACCUGUAAUCCUAGCACUUUGGGAGGCUAAGGCAGGUGGAUCACCUGAGGUCAGGAGUUCAAAACCAACAUCGAGAAACCCCAUCUCUACUAAAAAUACAAAAAUUAGCCAAGCAUGGUGGCAUGUGCCUGUAGUCCCAGCUAUUCUGGAGGCUGAGGCAGGAGAAUCAUUUGAACCCAGGGGCAGAAGUUGCAGUGAGCCAAGAUCAUGCCACUUCACUCCAGCCUGGACAAAAGAGCGAAACCGUCUUAAAAACAAACAAAAAUUUUGUAUUGUAUUUAAGAUUUAAACUUCCAGCAUCGACUGAAAUUUUGUUUUAGGUAUUUUAUUUGCUUGACACAUCUCUAAAAGCAUUUAAUGAUCAGUUAAAUAAGGCUGAGAUAAAAAAAAUGUUUAAGCUGUUAAUGGUUGAGACUAAUAAAAAGAGACUGGAGAAAGUACCUAACAUUGUUUUCAUUUGAGCAUUCCAAGUGAAAACUCAGUGCUUUCAGUUGCUUUAUUCUCCAGGUACAUUCCUGGGGCACAGAGGGAAGGGAGAGUGUUGCAUUUUAAAGAGGAGAAAAUGAAGACCCAAGUCUAGAAUUUCUCACUCAGGAAGUCAGUAACAGAGCCAGAACUAAAACUAUACAUCUUUGGAUUUGGUUUAUCCUUUGAAUUCAUUGUUUAGAUCCUAUUGGUUUUACCAAAUGUACACUGUUUUUAAGGAUUCACAGCUGAAGAAAAACUAAGAAUAUGAGAUUUAAAUAUCUAACAAGUUUCAUAUAGAAUUGAUGUGGCCAAUUCUUUAAGCAUAGCUUUCCAAACAUCUAGGUAUAUAAUUGUAUGUAAUCUUAAAUUAUACCCACUUAGUGAUUAUAAACUUC